GGAUGUCCCAUCUCCAAACUCUUUCUAAGACAGUGAUCACGCGCCCUCUUGUCACCAUGGAGACAGGAAGGAAGCUGUAAACUUUGCGCGUUCGGUGGCGAGAAAGUUCGAUGGAAGCAGUUCCAGAGCACGAUGGGGAUAAAGAGGAGGCGACACUGGAGCAAGACGAUGUAGCGCAGACCAAUUUUGCACAGGAACUGGAAGAGCUGGACCAGGCCCUCAGUGCAGUACAGAUAAAUAACAGCUCGUUGCCAAUGCCUGACCAAAGGGAGGAGGACGAAAAGCUGUGCCCCCCUUCCUAUAAGAGCAACUCUCAAAAGGAGAAGCUGGUCAUUGCUCUGGCUGAGAACUUCCGUCGGCAAUACACCCACCUUUAUCCUGACCGAAAGCCUCUCUUUCUCAGUCCCCUUAAUGAAUGUGGAGUGGAGAAGUUUGUGAGCACUACGCUGCGUCCAACCGUACUCCCUUAUCCAGAGCUCUUUAACUGGGAGGGGAGCGCCAGCUUUGUGUCCGAAUUCCUGUCUCUGGAGGAACUGGACCCUCCCACAGACCCUCCAAGGCAUCUGUACGCUCCUACACGCGUGUUGCAGACCCAGAAGGGCUCGUGUUUUGACUUCUCCACCCUGCUGUGCAGUCUUCUGCUGGCUGCUGGCUACAACGCAUACUGUGUGAGCGGCUACGCCACAAAGGAUGUGUGCCUCAUUAACGUCAGCCGAGAGGAGUGCCCCCUGCUGAUCACACAUGAGAAGGGUGAAAAAGAGGAGCAGGCUUCCACAGCUCUGAAGUACUCAGUGAAGCCCCCCAGAGAUCUGAGCAGUGCCUUUGAGCGGCGUCAGGAGGAGGUGCGGCAGAAGGAGGUGCAAGCGGCCCGCCUCAAAAAACAGCAAGAGGCAGACAUGCUCCAGGAGGAGCUGGAGCGUCCUCCUCCUGACCCGCUGUUCGGCCUGCGUGUCCACUGCUGGGUGUUGGUGAAAUCUGGCGCUCGCGAGGUGCCAGAAGACUUUUUCAUUGAGCCGCUAAGUGGGAAAACCUUCCCCACCACCGACCAAAACUUCCUGGGUGUCGAGAGCGUCUGGAACAACCGCAACUAUUGGGUCAACAUGCAGGACUGUCGGCGAGGCUGUGCAAACAUGGCCUUUGACCUGGGAGAUCCAAUCAAGUGGGAGUACCUGCUGUGUGGGGACAUCAGCCAAUCACUUUUGCUUAUUCCAGCCAUGAAGAAACAGGAAUUCGAGGACGAUGAUGAGGAGAAGGAGGAAUCCAAGGUGUUCGAGAUGCCCCCAUCCUGGGUGAGCGAACUUCGCAUCUCACAACAAGAUAUGGAGAUGCGGUGCCCAGGUGGUGUAAAGGUACUGCUGUACAGAAAAGCCAAGUUGGAGAAAUUCGCCCCCUACCUGCUGAAAGAUGGGCUGGUCACACGUCUUACCACAUACCAUGACCUCGAUUGCACACAGGCGUGUAUUGUCAAAGAGUGGUACCAGAACAGGAGUGACCAUUUGGAGGAGCGAGAACUCCAGAAGGCUGGCAACCUCACACUGGAACAUUUUACACGUGGCAGGAGCUUUGCACUAAAAAGUCACAGGUACGUGACCUUGACACGAGACUCGGACCGGGAUAUGGAGUUCUACAGCCAGGCACGAGCAGACGGCCUGGCCCGACGGGUGGAGGUGGGCUUGCAGAUGACCGAGACCUUCGAGGACCGUCCAGACUUCCUGUAUUACCGGCACAUUGUGUUUGGCAAGCGCGCCAGAGUACAAAUGUUCCAGCCUGUAGUACAAGUGCAUCGCCCUCUUGUGAAGGUGGUGGAACGUUUCCAUAGAGACACGACUAAACCAGCCAGUGAAGAUGUGGCGGAGCGGGUCUUCCUGGUGUCAGAGGAGCGCAUUCAAGUGACCUAUCACCGUGACGACGACCGAAUCAUUCCGGCCUGGAGGAACUUUAUCAAACCGCAAAACUCUGGAGACGCACAGAACACGGUCCCUUUCACACCAGACAUGGCCUCAACGUUUCAGGUUGAUCCAUUUCAGAAGCCCAGUAAGAACCUGUUUCUCUAUGAGACUCUGGUCGGUCUAAUGAAAGAGGAGGAGAAAGUGGCCCAGAGAAUAAAGGAUUCAGAGAAAGAGGUGAGGGCUAUCCUUGAUCUUCGCCGGCAUGAGGAGGACAAUAUUGAGCUGCGCAUCUCCAUUUACAACACAGCCAGGAAUGACAAGGCCCGCAAACAUCGGGAAGAGUUGGAGCGUAUGGCUGAGGAGGCGCGUCUACGGCAGGAAGAGAAGGAGUUGGACUUCCUGGCUCCGUUCCUGGCUCAGCUGGGUGACCCAAGCCAGUUGACCCGCAGGAUGGCCCUGCAGCUGCGUAGCGACAGUUUGGCCGACCUCAAGCAGCGUCUUAUAGAUAAGGCCAACCACAUUCAGGCCCGUUUUGAGAAGGAGACCCAGGAGCUGCAGCAGAAGCAGCAGUGGUACCAGAAGAACCAGCUAACCAUGACCAAAGAGGACGAGGACCAGUACCUGGCUUACUGCUCUGACACUAUGUUCAGGAUCCAUGUUCUUAAGCUGCGCCUUAGUAGGCAUAAAGACCGGGCCCCUCAGCAGUACCUCGCUCUGGAUGAGAAACUCAGACGAGAUCCUAGGCUUGCCCCCUUCCUGUAGACAUGUCUCUACAUCGACAAGUCUCUGGCUCAUAUGCACAGACACAAAUGUCCUCACACAAGACAAACAUGCAUACUCCCAUACACACAUGCCUUCGACCUGUAUCCCUCAAAAACCACACACAUAAACACACACACAAUGUAUAAGCUGCUUGUUGAGACACUAAGGUGUGUACGGCUUCAUCAGCACUUUCUUCGGUGACAGCUAGCCACCCUGUAUCUCUUUUUUUUUUGUAAAAGUGAAGAUAAAACUCCAAGUCUACUAAAAUCUCUGUCCUGGACACUACAUAACACAUUAAAAGUACAGGUUGGUCCUGGAGAUAAAAACACA